AAAUGCGUUUCUCCUUCCUUGCCCUUGUUUGUGCUUUGACAGCAUCUAUGGCUGUCAGUACCCAGGCCGAUACAAAUGCCAAGUGUAGUGAAAAGAAUGAAUAUUGCGACCUAACACAGCAUUGCUGCCAGGGCUAUUCUUGCAUAAUUGCAUUUGAUCAAAGGAGCCCAACUCCAAUAUUGCAAUGUGACUUGGCACCAUCCACCACCAAGGGGGUGGUGGCUGUAAUUAAGCCGGAAGCCUGAGCAGCACAUCACGAUAGUGAGCUAUGUUUCUGCUCUCGGU